GAAGGUAGGACCUGCUGGACUCGUGUGUACUUCUCCCACCUGUCUUGCCUUUUUGUUGACCCUGAGUUCUCCUCCUCCAGGACUCGAUACAUCAGCACAGAGCUGGGCAUCAGGCAGAGGCUGCUGGUGGCGGUGCUGACCUCACAGGCCACGUUGCCCACGUUGGGUGUGGCAGUGAACCGAACGCUGGGGCACCGACUAGAGCGAGUGGUGUUCCUGACAGGCGCGCGGGGCCGCCGGACACCAUCUGGCAUGGCAGUGGUGACGCUGGGCGAAGAGCGGCCCAUCGGGCACCUGCACCUGGCGCUGCGCCACCUGCUGGAGCAGCAUGGUGACGACUUUGACUGGUUCUUCCUAGUGCCUGAUGCCACCUACACCGAGGCGCACGGAGUGGCACGCCUAACUGGCCGCCUCAGCCUGGCCUCCGCUGCCCACCUCUAUCUAGGGAGGCCCCAGGACUUCAUUGGCGGAGAGCCUACCCAAGGCCGCUACUGCCACGGAGGCUUUGGGGUACUGCUGUCGCGCACCCUGCUCCAGCAGCUGCGCCCCCACCUGGAAGGCUGCCGCAAUGACAUCGUCAGUGCACGCCCUGACGAGUGGCUGGGACGCUGCAUUAUAGAUGCCACCGGGGUGGGCUGCACUGGUGACCACGAGGGGGUACACUAUAACUAUCUGGAGCUGAGUCCUGGGGAGUCCGUACAGGAAGGGGAUCCUCGGUUCCGAAGUGCCUUGACAGCCCACCCUGUGCGUGACCCUGUGCACAUGUACCAGCUGCACAAGGCUUUUGCCCGAGCCGAGCUGGAACGCACAUACCAGGAGAUCCGGGAGUUGCAGUGGGAGAUCCAGAACACCAGCCAUCUGGCUGCUGAUGGAGAGCGGGCCGCUGCCUGGCCCGUGGGCAUCCCAGCACCAUCCCGCCCUGCCUCCCGCUUUGAGGUCCUGCGCUGGGACUACUUCACAGAGCAGCAUGCUUUCUCCUGUGCUGAUGGCUCACCUCGCUGCCCACUUCGUGGGGCUGAUCGGGCUGAUGUAGCUGAUGUCCUAGGGGCAGCCCUGGAAGAACUCAACCGCCGCUACCACCCAGCCCUGCGACUCCAGAAGCAGCAGCUGGUUAAUGGCUACCGACGCUUCGAUCCAGCCCGGGGUAUGGAGUAUACACUGGACUUGCAGCUGGAGGCACUGACCCCUCAGGGUGGCCGCAGACCCCUCACCCGCCGGGUUCAGCUGCUCCGGCCGCUGAGCCGAGUGGAGAUCUUGCCUGUGCCCUAUGUCACAGAGGCCUCACAUCUCACUGUGCUGCUGCCUAUGGCUGCAGCUGAGCGUGACCUGGCCCGUAACUUCCUGGAGGCCUUUGCCACUGCAGCCCUGGAGCCUGGUGAUUCAGCAGCCUUGACUUUGCUACUACUAUAUGAACCACGCCAGGCCCAGCGGGCAGCCCAUGCAGAUGUCUUUGCACCCAUUAAGGCCCAUGUGGCAGAGUUGGAACGGCGUUUUCCUGGGGCCCGCGUGCCUUGGCUCAGUGUGCAAACAGCUGCACCCUCUCCACUGCGCCUCAUGGAUCUACUCUCCAAGAAGCACCCACUGGACACACUAUUCCUGCUGGCCGGGCCAGACACGGUGCUCACACCUGACUUCCUGAAUCGCUGCCGAAUGCAUGCCAUCUCUGGCUGGCAGGCUUUCUUUCCCAUGCAUUUCCAGGCCUUCCACCCAGCUGUGGCUCCACCACAGGGACCCUGGCCACCAGAGCUGGGUCGUGACACAGGCCGCUUUGAUCGCCAGGCAGCCAACGAGGCCUGCUUCUACAACUCCGAUUAUGUGGCUGCUCGAGGGCAGCUGGCAGCGGCCUCAGAGCAGGAGGAGGAGCUGCUGGAAAGCCUGGAUGUGUAUGAGCUAUUCCUGCGCUUCUCUAGCCUGCACGUGCUGCGGGCAGUAGAGCCGGCACUGCUGCAGCGCUACCGGGCCCAGUGGUGCAGUGCACGGCUCAGUGAGGACCUGUACCACCGAUGCCGCCAGAGCAUGCUUGAGGGCCUUGGCUCCCGAACCCAGCUCGCAAUGCUGCUGUUCGAACAGGAGCAGGGCAACAGUACCUGACUCCGCCCUGAGCCCCUGCACCCUGGCACAACCUCACCCUGCCCCAUUCCUCCCCAACAACCUAGAGCCACAUACCAGCCUCGCAGGACAGGGCUGGCCACAGCCUCAGAUCCCAGGGCAGCCCACUGGUCCCCUAACUCUGGUUUUGUGGGCCCAGGAGCUCAGGACUAGCCUUGGGGGAGGUGCCCCCAGAGCCACCCCUUCUUGCCCCAAGCCCAGUCUUCCUGUCCCCUUGACGCUGCUGAUUCAGGCUGUGGCCUCCGUGUAUUUAUGCAGUAUAGUCUGCCUGACGCCAGCCAUGCCUCCUGGGGUUUUAUCCUGGGGGCUGGGCUGCAGAUGAAUUGUUGGAGAAUGGGGGACCUGAGAGAAGAAGGGGGCACCUCCCAACUUCUCCCUUCUAGACCCCAAUGAAGCUCCCUGUCUUUAAUAAACUGGCUGUGC